AUGGCCGAGGAUAAGAAGCUAGGUGUCACUCAUAGUAUAAGGGAGAAACUUAACUUCCAGGAUGAGCGUCUUUGGAAACGGUUUUCGGCGAGGAGGCUUGAGCUUAUAGAUACUUUGGAUCUCAGUUCCAAGAAGGCGAGUGAGCAGGAGGACGAGAUUAGGAAGGUUGCCGAGGUGUUGCGGUUGGAGUUUAAGUUUGACUCGCAGUAUUUUGACGAUUUUGAUAAGCUUGUUCGUGCUGCCGUGCAGAGUGUCAGGAGGAAUAGGAAACGGUCUACAAAGCUGAAACGGAACAGUGGUUCGAAGAAGCAGAGGGUAUCUUCUGAAGGGUCUGUGGAUAGUGCUGUGAAGCAGGAAACGAAUACGCCGGAGCCGGGAGGACACGAGAACGACCGGUUUUUGUCUGAAAUCACGAGGCUUAAUACAGACGCUAAUGAUGAGGUCUACGAUAUGAACUACCUGAGGGCCAAGUCUAUCACGAACCACGACCAGUCCCGGGCUGCUAUUGGCUCGCUUAUCCAGCCUUUGCUGUCUAAGUUCGAGUCUCGUCCUCAUUUGGGCGUCAUGCUCCCUCCGUUGUCGAAUAUGGCUGGCUCUUGCCAAACACAGGCUGAGAAUGAAAAAGAGCUCCAGGCCAUUCGUAUUUCGCUUCUACUACUAAUGAAGAGGUCCAGGCUGUGCUUGGAAUCUACCACAAAAACCAGGAACGAGUUUCUUCGAGGAUUGGGCCAAAACUCUAUUGGUGCUAUCGCAGCCUUGGUGUUUGAAAAAUCUUUCAUCAACCUCAACCAGACCUCCAUCGACUACCUCCUGGAAAAGCUCCUACUGCAUUCGUUUCUUGCUCAAUUUUACCGCAGCUUGGAACCUGACUCGCAUGUUAACAAGUCACUAGACGACGAAACAGCCUCUUUGACGCUUCAAACGCUAGUUGGCUGUUGUAUCAAAGAUUUCGGUUUUGACCGUAUUUUAUACCCGCUUGGCGAAGCUUUCUACCGCAGCAUUCUUUUGGAUUAUCCGUUGGUUCUGAACUCCUCGAAACCUUUCCUCAGAUCUGACAUUGAAAACUCUCAGCAGCCACCUGUGGAAGACCAACAAGUUACACAAGGCUCAAACUUCUCACUCACAAACUUGGCUGCUGUGGCUACAGAGAUAAGAAGUCAUACACGCGGUGCAUCCCCAGAUCUGGCGCAAGAUAAAAAGCUGGUUGUGCUUCGGUUCUUGUCAUCUUCACUUGAGUUCACAUACCCUACAAGGAACUCGGCGCCUCCACGUUUCGUUGAAAUCAUGGAAAACGCUACACAAGCAUUCAAACUCAACGGGAACCAGAUCUAUGGUCUUCGAAACUCCAAAACCGGCGCCUACGUGAACUCAGACUUUGACCUAGAAAAGAUCUUUGGUCAUGAAGAUAACAUCGAGCUUGAGAUCUUUCCCCAACGCAUCCCCACAAUUCCAAUCUACGAAAUGGCAAACACCGUCACUCCAUCAAGAUACUCUGACGAUUCUCCCAGAAUCAUCUUGCCUCCCCCUUACAAACAACCACCGUCAGUUCCACCACUCUCGGAACCAAUCAGACCGCUGGUUCCUCCAGCAAAGGCCCCUCCUUCACCAACUGACAUACAAAACGGCGUUCUGACGCAGCGGCCCAAAACACCGCUUCUCCCGAAGUUCCAGCCACUUUUAUAG